AGGAGAGUCUUUCUCCUUCUAGUCUAGGGUUUGAGAGGAGGCUUUUUGUCACCUCAAGGGAGGAAAAUAAAAAAUAAAAAAUAAAAAAAAUAAAACAGAAGGCACAGUCUUUAACAGAAAUGAAUAGUGUUAUGAUUCUUGUGAAGAAAGUAGAAAAGAAGUCAGAGAUAGUAAAGGGAGACUGGGAGAGGGGCUUUAAGCUUGUGAAGCAGAACUACCUGCAAAACUGUCAAGCAGAGGUUGAGAUGGAAGUUGUUCCAAGAGAGGUUGAUAAUGCUUUUCUGGAAUCACCAAUCAUGUUGCUGACUGGUCAUCAGAGUGCUGUAUACACCAUGAAGUUCAAUCCUGCUGGAACUGUUAUUGCAUCUGGGUCUCAUGACAGAGAAAUUUUCCUUUGGAAUGUGCAAGGGGAGUGCAAAAACUUUGUGGUGCUAAAGGGACAUAAGAAUGCAGUAUUGGAUCUUCACUGGACUACUGAUGGGACCCAGAUAAUUUCAGCCAGCCCUGACAAAACCUUGAGAGCAUGGGAUGUGGAAACUGGUAAACAAAUUAAGAAGAUGGCAGAACACUCUUCCUUUGUGAAUUCGUGCUGUCCUUCACGCAGGGGGCCACCGCUUGUUUUCGUGAACCUCGUCGCCAUGGCUUUCACACUCCAUGAUGGUGGCGGCGGCGACGGCAAACGGUAUCAAAAAGUGCAGACCCACUUAUUGCUAAUGACAGGCGGGUUCUUGUUCCUGAUCUCGUUGCUGGGGCUGAACGCUACAUUGCGCAGAAACAAUUUCGUGGUUCCCAUCUAUUGGACCCCGAUGUUCUUCCGCAUCGUGGGACUCAUCAUCUUCGUGGACUUUACCACAUUCAUUAUUCUGGUUACAAAAGAUGCCGCUAGAAAAGAGUUUUCCAGAAAAGGGUGUUCGCAGCAUAGGACCGUUGAUUACACCAGUUAGUUGAAGAACCAUUUUAGCAAUGGGAAGAAGAAGAAUCUGCUUUGGAGUUUGCUUGGUGAACACCCAUAUCUGUUACCGCGAUACAGGUAUUUGUUUAAAAAAAAAAGGUUAUAUUUUUCCGUCAUGUGAAAUUUGGUUUGAUUCUUUGAUGAAAUAACUGACAUUUAAAGUG